AUGCUUAUCUUGGCCUUUUAAACCGAAUAUCCCUUUUGUUUUUCGACCCGCAAAGCACUGAAGUUGCAACGCACCAAAGACUCUUCAUCUCUUACAUCUCCGUCGGCCCUAAGAUGAGCAUCUCAUUGAUUAAAGAUACAUUGUGAUCUGUGGUUUUGCUCUUGGUUUGCAUGUUCUAUCGCUGAUUUUGGGAAGGGUCCUCAGCUCUAUCGUUAUCUGUUCUUACCAGUUAAACAAAUGUCGGAACAUGAAGAGUACCGUUGUUUUAUUGGCGGCCUUUCAUGGUCAACAUCUGAUAGAAGUUUGAAAGAAGCAUUUGAAAAAUUUGGCCAUCUCGUUGAGGCGAAGGUUGUUGUGGACAAGUUUUCUGGUCGCUCUCGUGGAUUUGGCUUUGUUUCUUUUGAUGACAAGCAAGCAAUGGAAGAUGCCAUUAAGGAAAUGCAUGGCAUGGAUCUAGAUGGACGAUCUAUCACUGUGGAUAAAGCCCAGCCAAACCAAGGCUCUGGAAGAGAUCGGGAUGGGGAUAGGGACCGGGACCGUGGUCGUGAUCGUUACAAUGAUCGGGAUCGUAACCGUGAUUAUGGAGGUGGACGGGGAUCUAACGGUGGGGAGUGUUUUAAAUGUGGAAAACCUGGACAUUUUGCUAGGGAGUGUCCAUCAAGUGAAGGUGCUAGAGGUGGUAGAUAUGGUGGAAGGGAUGAUAAAUAUGGUGGUGGGGGUGGCGGUGGCAGUGGCGGCCGUUAUGGUCCUGAUCGUAAUGGGGAUCGCUAUGGUGGACGCAGCAAGGAUGCUGGUAGUCGUGGAGGGUCUGGGAAUGAUAGAUACAGCCGUGACCGUUCUGGUCCAUAUGAGCGCCGUUGAUCAGGGCUCUUCCAAUACCCUCAUGAACUGAUUUCUUGAAUGGGGGCUUCAGCUCUGCAAAUGAAGCUAGUGCUAGCAUGGAUAAAGUAUUAGCAGCAGAUGGAGUUUACAGGAUCUCUCUUCUGUCUUGUCUUUGUGGACCUAUAUACUGAAUCACUUCUUUGCCACUUUCAGACUUGGGAUGCGUAUUUGUCAUUUGACUAUUUUUAGUUGUUUCAGAUUCUCACAUUUCAAAUUGGGUCUUUGUUACUGUUUGAAUGCCAUUAUUGCUGCUGGACACUGGAUGAUUUGCAUGCAUGUUGAUUGGACUUCUGGAUUCUCAAUUUGGUGUUGAUGUGGGUGUCUGGGAAAGUUGAGUUGGUAUCCUGUCGUUUUUACUGCUGAAAUUGUGAGAGGUGUUCGCAAUGGGGAGUUUGGUUCUCAUGUUUCCUCUUGCCUUUCCUGUUCUUCUCCAAUACUCAGUUUUAAACCGAAUAUUGACAGAAUUGAACAGGGCUACUUGGUCUUUUAUGGUCUUUGCGAUGCAUGAAUUGGUGUUUCAUUGUUGCUAAUCAUUCACUACCCGACAUGGUUUUAACAUAUUAAAAUUGUGAAAGCUUUUUGGGCUGCAUCAACAAGCCAUCUGCAAUUUUUACUCAACAUAAGUCAUUUUCUCCAGCAUGGGGUAUUGAUGGAAGCAGUCCAUACUUCAUAAACUGCAUUUUCCUUGCAAGUUCAUGACUGAUUUAGCAACUGUGGGCAGUCCCUUUUAUGGUUCUUUGUUCCUGCAUCACUCUCUGUGGAGAAAAGGUUGUUGCUCGUCAUGGACUUAUUCCAAUACCCAUUUGUGGUGCCAUGCCCUGUUCUUUGUUACAGAGGAUCAGAAUGUCAACUUGGUUUUACCGUGCUCAGGUCAAAUAUCCCCGUUGUUGUCCAUUCUGAUUUAGCUUUGGGGACUGAAUCACGUUCUAAAACGAUUUCCUUGACAAUAAAUGCCCUUUUUGAGUCCUCGUGAAAUGGAAUUCUCUCCCAGUAGAAGGUUUCUUGGGUCCAUUCUGCAAUUUCGUGAGAUUGGUCAAAAGUUGCAUUUUAGGGCACUGAGCAAUGCAACCCUGUGCUGAUCGUAAACCUCGCUAAUAGCUUGGUAAUGUUAAAUAUUGCAUAUACUGUUUCUCGUAAUACAUUACACUGCUUUCUUUGUCUUUUGUGGUA